CUCUAUUGUAUUGGUGUAGCAGCAGCAGACACUUAAAUCCUAAGAAAAUAAAAUCAAAACAAUCUGCAAUGCCACUAGUGGGAAGUUAUGUAAAUAGUUAAGAAAAUAUGUUUUUUUAAUCUGUGAUGGUAGGUGCACUGGCCCUUGUUGCCAUGUUCAAAGACAAAUUAAGUGUCUGAUGUCUCUUGGUGGACUUUAAUUCCAAGUAGUAAACAAAAGCUUCAAAUUAAUUUUGUUUGUUGUAGUCUAUGCCACCAUGAGGAACCUAAGUAAUGGUGAGGCGCUGGUUGAGGCAGCAGGUCGGACUCUGGGCAGGACUCUGGAGAUCAAACAGUUGGACGUAUGUGAGGACUCCAUCGAAGCCUGUGUGAACAGCCUGCCUGAACGCAGGGUGGACAUUCUUAUAAGUAAUGCUGGAAUGGGCCUGAUUGGACCCAUAAGUAUCGAUGAGAGGAAGACUGUAAUGGACACCAACUUCUUAGGGCUUGUGCGGUUGCUGAAGGAAAUCCUACAUGACAUGAAGAAGAGGAAAAGAGGCCAUAUUGUGGUCAUUAGCAGUGUCAUGGGCAUUCUGGUAAUUUUAUUCAUUGACGUCUAUGCAGCAUCCAAGUUUGCUGUGGAAGGCUUUUGCGAAAGGUUAGCAAUACAAGCCCUGAGGUUUAAUCUCAAUAUCAGCCUGAUAGAGCCAGACCCAGCGAUAACAGAGUUUGAGCGUAAAGUUUAUGAGGAGGGCUUGAAGACUGAUCUCAGCAAAUCUGACAAAGUUACUGCUGACAUGUUCACAAACAUCUACUUGAAGAACUACAAUCAAAUCCUUAUAACCAGGCUUCAAACAUAA